AUGCUACGCAUGUCAGUCACAAAAAAUACAAAAGAAACUAUGAUAAAAGCAUGUCGACAUUUUUAUCGAAACAAUCACGAGGAAGAAAAAAAUAUUUUCGAGUUCAAUUCCCGUUACUCUUCGGAUAAAGCUAUAUGGUGGUAUACGCGUCCUUGUUUCUGCUAUCGUUUAACAAACAAAGUUUUAAAUACACAAGAUCCUGAUUGGUUAUAUACAUUUCGUCUCAUUAUAACUGACAUACAUAAUCAACUACUUGAAUUGUAUGAGAAAUUCAUUGACACUCCACCACAAAUUAUCCUCAGAGGUAAAGUAGUGCCGUCAAGUCUUGUUUAUAAUUUACAAGAAAAUGUUGGCGGAUUAAUUUCGAUAAACGGAUUUUUAUCAGCCACAACAUCGGAGCAAAUCAGAGAUAUAUACGGCAGCCGAGAUAAUCCAGUUAGGGAAGGCUAUGAGCGAGUACUGUUUCGAUUGAUUGUCGAUAAUCAUAUUAAAACAAAACCAUUUGCGUUUAUAAAAGACUACAGUGCCAUCCCAGAGGAGAAUGAAGUUUUAUUCUCAAUUGGGACAGUAUGGUGUAUCGAGUCUGUCGAACAAGACGACGAGGCAUUGUGGCAUAUUGUGCUCAGAUCAAGUGAUUGGCCGACACUAUUAACAUUGGGAAAUUUUCUUAGUGAAAUUAAAGAUUAUAACAAAGCCGAUAAAUACUAUGAGAUAUUAUUGAAAGAAUUGCCUAAAAAUCAUAAAGAUAUAGGUGCAAUUUAUAGCAAUCGUGGUUGUCUUCAGUGUGAAAAAGGUGCAUACGAUCUUGCUGAACAUUACUUCAACUGUGCAAUCGAAAGUAUAAGCGCAGAGUGCCCAUCAUCGAUAUUGAUUGCACAAUGUAAUAUAGAAGUGAAUACCGUUGAUCUGAUAACAAAAUCGUUAUCAUCAAAUGAUCGAUCGCUUGGUAAACUCUACAAUAAUAUCGGUUACAUUCAUUAUAAAAGGGGACAGAAUGAAGUGGCUAUGAAAAACUAUCAACAAGCAAUAAAUAUUCUAUUACAGCCUACAAACCGUAAUCCAGCUGAUUUAUCAGCUGUGUAUAAUAAUAUCGGUGUCAUAUAUUUCAAAGCUAAGCGUUACGAUGAUGCGUUAAAAAGUUUCCAGUCAGCAAUUGAAUACGGUUUGUUAUUAUUGUCACCUACACAUCAAUGGAUUAUAGAUUAUGCAAAAAAUAAAAAAAUAGUAUUGAAAUACAUUGAGGCGAACUGUGAACAACGAUAA